CUGAUGGAUAUUAGGUAACCUGGUCCUGAAUGAGACACAGUUAACGUUAACGGGAUCAAACGCUUCAGCUGUGAUAUCUCUAAGACUGCUGUGAGCUACAGGAGCUGGAGGAGCUGGUCAGGGGCUCUGCAGAGAUAACACAAGCUGUCUGGUGUCGUCCAGGCGGUGACUGACUGACCGAUGCCUUUGUCAUGAUGCUGAGCUGCAGCGCUCUGCUCAUCGCCCUCCUGCUGUCCCAGGUCAGAGGCUUCCUGAACUCCUCGGAGGAUGACGCCAUCCCCGAGGAGUGGGUGCUGCUGCACGUGGUCCAAGGCCACAUCGGAGCGGGGAACUACAGCUACCUGCGGCUCAACCACGAUGGCAGAAUCAUCCUGCACAUGCAAAGCCUCAAAGGAGACGCCGACCUCUACAUUUCGGAUGAAACCCUGCGUCCGAACUUCAACACCUACAAGCUGCAGUCGGUCACCUGCGGACAGGAUGUGGUGGUGGUGCCGGGGGACUUCGCCAGGCCCGUGGGCAUCGGCAUCUAUGGCCACCCGUCACACAAGGAGAGCGAGUUUGAAAUGCGGGUUUUCUACGAUCAGUCAGUCCCCCAGGACCCGUUUGAUAAGGGCUCGUACACAUCAGAGGACGGACAGACACAAAAGAAAUCCCCUCAGGCUGCAGAGGAGGACUUUCAGGAGGAGGAGUCGAUAUUCUGGACGAUUCUCAUCGGACUUUUAAAAAUUAUUCUGGAGAUUUUGUUUUGAAAAUGGCUCUCCUUCCUUGCUGCAGUCACAGAAGGAGGAGAUUUUUCUUUUCUGCCUUGAUUCAUUAAAUAUGAUUAUUUUCUUUCAUUUUGUAAGGAUGAUAGAAAUGUCACGCCAAUCUUCAUGUGGAAUUUACACAUCUUAGCGGGUCCUGACUUGUGAUUUAACAAACAUCUUUGAUUCAGAUUAAAACAGACGAGUUUAAAAAGAUGCAGGUGAAACAUGGUGAUUGAUUACUAGGCUGAAUUUACCAGAGGAUCCUGACUGAGGCUGGCUACUCCAUAGAUGAUUUUCAGAGAUGUACCAAAUUUAAAAGCAUGGGAGACCACAGACAUCAGGACAGUUUCACCAGAUUUUUAACAUUAUAAUCCUCUGGACGCACUCACAAGAGAUGUAGCCAGACUGUUAGACGACACCUGCUGUUUGUAGUAACGAUUUCACAGCAGAGACUCCAAACAGAGGAGGAAAACAUGCGCUGCUAACCAAGCUGGAUUUGACAUGUGCAGUUAGAUCAUACUGUGAAAUAUAAAUGUUUGAUCAUUUCAGUUCUUAUGAUUCCAGAUCAGGGGGUUCCUACUUGAUUGGGAGCAGUAAAAUAACUGCAUCAACUUUGAGGCUGAUUUUGGGGGAAGAUUGGUUUACAAACCUCUAAACAAGCCUAAAUUUAUCUGCUUUGUAGCCAGCUUAACCCACAGUUUCCACAUGGUCGUUUGGGCAGCGUGCUGCCUGUGCUGUGCAGCGUGGAGCUGAUGACGCCCUUUUCUGGUCAGUCUUGGUGUUUCCCCAGCACUCACUAUGGUCCGCCUCUAACAUGUGCAAGAAGUGCCUCUGCACUCACACCAAGUCUAUUUCCAGUCGAGUUGCUGCCAUCCUACGUCAGUCUGAGCAGAUCAGACAGGAAGCGUCCUGUCAUUUUAAGAUUAAACACUUAGGUACAGACGGCCAGAGGUUUAUCACAUCACUAAAUCAACAUUACAUCAAAACAGGAAGCAAAUGAACACCAAGUCAACCUCAGUAAGGCAAAGAAAUGUGGCAUUUCAGUGUUUUCUUUAUUCCUGGGUGAAAUUGUGACUUAGACUUCAGCAAGGGCGUGCUUCAGAGGCACAGGUGCGUCCCCGCAGAGACGGACCCUGUGGGAAUUGUGGGUUUGUCAGACUUGGAUUCCUCUGUUCUGUCUUAUGAAGGAAAAAAGUGAAUUUAAGUGGAGGUCCCUACACAUGUUUGAUAGUUUAAAUUUGGAGCCUUUAAUGAUGAACUUCAGUUGAACCAAAAGGCAAAGGAGGCAGUUUAAUUUGCUCUAACGUUCCUCUGUUUUUCUUUCCUUAUUUCCUCUCCCCUUGCUUUAAAAGGAUUUUACUACAAUCUGUUAACAUGAGCAGGAAGGUUGAAUUUGUUUUCUGCUCUCCUCUCUCUCUUCCAUGUGUUGGACGAGCUCACGAUGCUGCGUUUGAGUUCAGUAAACUGUCAACCACUGAGCAGAAAUGUUCACAGUGCCUUCAGAUCGCUCCUCUGCUGUCGUCCUGUUUUUAUGGAGGCAAUUCAGUCUGAUUUCUAAAUAAAGCAGCUGUUAUACAGACUGUUCAACCAA